GCGCCAUAGGCUCAGCUUACAGCGUCGUACUCAACCCGGCAGAUUCCCACGUGGAAGCAAUGGCCAGGGCUGGCCGGUACACGUUCACUGCAGCUGCCAUUGGAGCUAUGUUUGGCCUUGCCACCUGUGUCAGUGCCCAAGUCCGAGAGAAGCCAGAUGACCCCCUGAACUACUUCAUCGGAGGCUGCGCAGCAGGCCUGACCCUGGGAGCACGCACUCACAGCUAUGGUACUGCAGCCGUGGGCUGCGUGUACAUGGGCACUGCGGCCACGCUGUUCAAGAUUGGCAAGCUGGAAGGCUGGGACCUCUUUGCCACCCCCAGGGUGUGAGCAGAACCCCCACAGCAAAUAAACACUGUGUGUCCCUGUGGAGACUUGC